UGACUGAAUUUUAGGUUAAGGUUAAGUCACCGUCCCGCAAUCCUAAUCUAAAGAAGUUGACAUUUGCGGAGACAAUGUUUUUCCAUAAAAAUUGGUUUUCUUGUUAAAUAAGCAUAGAUGUGACAUAGAAAAAUGUCCAAAAAGGAUACCACUUCCGAAGUUUCCAUGGGUAUCGAUUAUGAUGAUCCUGCUUAUAGAAUAAGUCCAUUACAACAGGCAGCAGCCUCAUGUACAGGAGCCCUCAUUACUUCGUUGUUCGUGACACCAUUAGAUGUUGUGAAAAUCCGAUUACAGUCUCAACAAAAGAUAUCAAAAAGCCAGUCAAAAUGUUUUUUGUAUUGUAAUGGUUUAAUGGACCAUUUUUGUAGCUGCAGUCCAGAUGAUCCUAAUAGUAGAUGGUUGCAACGACCCGGCCAUUUUAAUGGAACAAUUGAUGCUUUUAUUAAAAUUAGCAGAACAGAAGGCAUUUCUUCACUUUGGAGUGGUUUAAGUCCGACAUUAGUUUUAGCGAUACCUGCCACAAUAGUAUAUUUUGUAACAUAUGAACAAUUAAAGAAUCAUCUCAAAGAUGACCAUAGGGAUAAAUUGUUAAAAAUAGGCCAAAUACCAAGUAAGCAAACGCCACUGUGGAUACCUUUAUUAUCAGGAGCAUGUGCUAGGGUAAUAUCAGUGUCACUAGUAAGCCCUUUGGAAUUGUUUAGGACCAAAAUGCAAUCACAGAAGCUCAGUUAUUAUGAGAUGAAUCUUGCCGUAAAAGCAUUAAUAAAACAAGAUGGGCUUCGAGGUCUUUGGAAAGGAAUAUUCCCAACGUUAUAUAGAGAUGUCCCAUUUUCAGCCAUUUAUUGGAUGAACUAUGAAAGUAUCAAAUCUCUAAUGGGCGUAACAGAUAGUCAUCCUUCAUUUUGGAUAAGCUUUUUUGCUGGAGCAAUUUCUGGAUCUAUAGCGGCCUCUAUAACAACACCUUUUGACGUUGUAAAGACACAUCAACAGAUUGAAUUUGGAGAAAAAAAUCUAUAUGGAGCUGGAAAUAAAGCAAAGGCAAAUAGAUCUACUAUAGAAGUGAUAAGAGAAAUCCGAGCGGGCCAUGGGACUAGGGGACUGUUCGCCGGUUUGGCUCCAAGACUAAUCAAAGUUGCCCCUGCCUGUGCUAUUAUGAUCUCCACAUUUGAAUAUGGUAAAGUGUUCUUCAGUAAAUGGACAAAUCAACCUAUGGACCAAUUGGAUCCUGAUAUUAGUUCAACACCUAGUUUUGUAUCUAAAGAUGACAGGAAAUCGGUGAUGAUAGGCAAUAAGAUUGGAAUAUAAUUUAAGUUGGGCUAUUCCUCGUCAUAGGCAGUGGUGGGGGGUUAAAAUUAAUUGGUUUUUGAAGUUUUUAGUAAAUCUGACUGUGAUAAAUCGAUAACCGAUUCAUUAAUGCCAUUCAAAAGGUUUUAUUAUCAAGUUGUGCUACUGACUUAGGUUAUUAUUUCAAAUUAUGUAUGACAAUUUUGAUAUUAAGGAGUGUUUUAGAGAAAUUUCGUGGGCAACUUGACAUAAAGCUUUUUUUUAUAAUAUAUGUAUAUAUUAUACAGUUGAGUCCCUGAAUCUUUACGGAAGUCGGAAAUUGAAAUUUACUAAACGCAACAGUAAGUCACUUACUGUCACUUGCUGUUGCGUUUAGUAAAUUUCAAUUUCCGACUUAUCAUCGACUUAUUUCGUAUGCUUUAAAUGAUGACGCACGGGUACAUAUUCAGGGACUCAACUGUAUACAGAAAGUUGUUAUAAUCGAGCGUGAUUGUUCUAUAAUCUCGUUAAUUGAUGAACCUUUAUAUUUGAUUGUGAACCAUGCCGCUACGCACUCCAAAAUGUUUGUUAAAAACGUAACUUGGUGCUUGACUGACAGUAACUGUGUUUCCAUGUUUCCAUGAAUAUUAUUUAUCCACGAAAUACGCUAAAAGUUACCACAUUUUCCAUAAAUUAGCAAAAUCUUUGUGAGGUAGAACUUUCUCGGUUGAUCAUAGCAACAGUCCCACUGUGGUUCCAAAUGCCGAAAAGGUGAUCAUGAACCUUUAAAAGCGUAUAUUGCUCAUACACUUCGGUAUUACUUUCGUACUUGAGGGUUUUUGGCAACGCUGAUUACGAAUUUGACAUUUUUUUAAAACAAAAUGGCGGAUCCAAUUGAUCCAAUAUGGCGGAAAGAAAUUAAAAAUAUCAAUCAAAACGCAAUAUUUUUUCCAAAUUUGGCAAUAAGGGGUUUUUGAGAUAGCUGAUUACAAAUCUGCAAUACUUUUUUUGAAAAAUAAAAUGGCGGAUCCAAUAUGGCGAAUUGAAAUUGAAAAUAUCAAUCAAAACACAAUAUUUUUUUCCAAAUUUGGCAGCUUAUAGGGUUUCUAAGGUUGCUGAUUACAAAUUUGACAUUAUUUUUUGAAUAACAAAAUGGCGAAUGUAUUAUGGUUGAAAUAAAUUGUAAAUAUUUUAAAUGCAUAUAUUUUUUUAAAAUUUCAUAAUAUAAUUUUUUGAAAUUGCUGAUUACGAAUACAACUUCUUUUUGAAAUAAAAUCAAAAUGGCGGAUCCAAUAUGACGGAAUGAAUGUAUUUUAACGUUUGAUAAUUAAUUUAAGAGAUUUUUAAGAUCUAUGAUUAAGAAUCCGUCAUUCUCAGAAAAAACAAAAUGGCGAAUCUGAUAUGGCUGAAAUUUUUCAAAAUAUAUACCAAGCGAAUGUAGUUAAAAACAUUUAUACAGGGUGGGGCAUUAGUGUGACAAAGUCCAAUUACUCGUUUGUCGUAAGAGAUACAAAAAAAAGUUAUUUAGGUAAAAGUUGGGGCACAGAUAGGACCAUAAUUUAAAAAUAUUUUCAGAUAUACAGGGUCACCCGUAUUGACAGGUUGACACAAACAUGUUUUUUUAAAUGGAACACCCUGUAUAUUUUUAUAUUUUUGGAUUCUCCUCGAUGUCUUAUUUCACAAAAUAUAGGGUUUUGUAAUAUUAUACGAGUUAGAUUAAAAGAUAAUUACGUUUUAUUGUUAAUUUCGUAGCAACAUUCACACCCUGUAGAAUUGUAGUGAUUUGACAUCAAAGUUUCUAUUUAUGGUCAAAAGAUUUUCAAUAUAGUCUACUAUUGUUAAACAUUAAUAAUAUAGCGAAAAGUUUAAUAUUAAUAUACAGGGCUGGUCAAAACUCGAAAUGAGUAUUUUCUGAGUUUUCUUAAAUGGAACACCCUGUAUUUUAGUAUUCUAAUGAAAUUAUAUUUUAUGCUACUUUUUUAUUUCUUAAGCAUUCCCUAUAUCUAAGUGCUUUAAUUUUUGAGUUAUUCAUGAUUCUUUAAUCCAAACAUUAAUUGCAACAAAAAUUAAAUGAAAUUUUAUUAGGUGGCUGUGCAAAUAUUCAAUCAAAAAUAAUUUUUCAAAAAAAAGUAGAUAUUAAUCUAGACUGAUCCCUAAUUUAUUAAUAUUCGAUGAGAUAUCCAAAUACCUACGUAGUUAAGAUUGUUGGUGCGUAAAAUAGGAAUAAAAACAAACAAGAUUCUACCUAGUUGGCUAUGACAAUAAAUUUGCUAAAACAUUUGACAUUAUACUAUUUUUAUAGUUCCAGUUGCUUUGUUACCAUUACUAAUAUUAAUUUUUUUAAUACGUAACUGAUGAGUAACUGAUUAAAAUGGUUUUUGUGCUAGGAGAGUAUAACAAAACUGUGCUACUAGCAAUAAGAAUUUUUCAUCAGCAAUUUCCUGAUAAACGAAAACUAAGAAGAGAAACUUUUGAAACUAUGCUAAAACGGUUUCAACGGACUGGAUACUUAAAUUACGAGAAACCUGAUCGAGUAAAAACUAUUUUAAAUGAAUAAAAUGAAUUAAAUGUAAUCCUUAGUGUAACUGAGGAUCUGCAUAUUGGGAAGAACGUUCUUAUAAUCUUUCUAUCUAGACCUAGACUGUUGAAAUCGUUUUAGUGUACUUUCAAAAGUUUCUCUUCUUGGUUUUCGUCUAUCAGGGAAUUGCUGAUGAAAAAUUCUUAUUGCUAGUAGCACAUUUUUGUUAUCCUCUCCUAGCACAAAAACUAUUUUAAUCAGUUACUCAUUGGUUACUUCUUAAAAAAAUUAAUAUUAGUAAUGGUAACAAAGCAACUGGAACUAUAAAAAUAGUAUGAUGUCAAAUGUUUUAGCACAUUUAUUGUCAUAGCGAACUAGGUAGAAUCUUGUAUGUUUUUAUUCAUAUUUUACGCACCAACAAUCUUAACUAAGUAGGUAUUUGGAUAUCUCAUUCAAUAUUAAUAAAUUAAGAAUCAGUCUAGAUUAAUAUCUACUUUUUUUGAAAAACUAUUUUUGAUUGAAUAUUUGCACAGCCACCCAAUAAAAUUUCACGUAAUUUUUGUUGCAAUUAAUGUUUGGAUUAAAGAAUCAUCAGUAACUCAAAAACUACAGCACUUAGGUAUAGGAAAUGCUUAAGAAAUAAAAUAGUAUCAUAAAAUAUCAUUUCAUUAGAAUACUAAAAUACAGGGUGUUCCAUUUAAGAAAACUCAUUCCGAGUUUUGACCAAUCCUGUAUAUUAAUAUUAAACUUUUCGCUAUAUUAUUAAUGUUUAACAAUAGUAGACUAUAUUAAAAAUCGUUUAACCGUAAAUAGAAACUUUGGUGUCAAAUCACUACAAUAGGGAACUUGCAUAAAAUUUUAAAUUCGAAAAAACUGUUAUAAAUCACAACAGAACAUAAUUUAAAACAUGUAUCAAAUCUUAAAAAGUUUUGUUUGGCUUUCGUUUGGCCCCUGAAGAUGAUUAAAAAUUCAAAUUAAAACAGGUGGCCCAAAACGCGUCGUGACGUCAUUUGUUUAAAUUAUGUUUACAUUCUUCCAAAAAAGUAAACAAAAUUUAAAAUUAGACAUUAUAAACGUCAGUAGAAAAUACAAUGUAACCUCAAGUGUUUUUGAUCGUUUGAACUAUUUUAAAUGUCAUUUAAUAGUGUCAGUGUCAAAACGAAUGCCAAACCUAAUAGGGAACUUGCACAUUUUUUUAUUGCAUAAUAAUAUUCAGUUUCCUUUAAAAAUAAGAUUUCCAAAAUUUCACGCCUUAAAACCUCAUAAUAACAGAAGUACAAAUUUAAAAUCUAUAUAUAUUUUUUUUGUUUUCUGGCCUUGGUUUAGAGAACCUUUAGUCAAUUUAAAAUAGUUCAAACGAUCAAAAACACUUGUGAGAUUACAUAACUGUAUUUUCUACUGACGUUUAUAAUGUCUAAUUUUAAAUUCUGUUUACUUUUUUGGAAGAAUGUAAACAUAAUUUAAACGAAUGACGUCACGACGCGUUUUGGGCCACCUGUUUUAAUUUGAAUUUUUCAUCAUCUUUAGGAGCCAAACGAAAGCCAAAUAAAACUUUUUAAUCUUUGAUACAUGUUUUAAAUUAUGUUCUGUUGUGAUUUAUAACAUUUUUUUCGAAUUUAAAAUUUUAUGCAAGUUCCCUAUUCUACAGGAUGUGAAUGUUGCUACGAAACUAACAAUAAAACGUAAUUAUCUUUUAAACUACCUCGUAUAAUAUUACAAAACCCUAUAUUUUGAGAAAUAAGACAUCGAGGAGAAUCCAAUAAUGUAAAAAUAUAUAGGGUGUUCCAUUUAAAAAAACAUAAGUUUGUGUCACUCUGUCAAUACGGGUGACCCUGUAUAUCUGAAAAUAUUUUUAAAUUAUGGUCCUAUCUGUGCCCCAACUUUUACCUAAAUAACUUUUUUUGUAUCUCUUACGACAAACGAGUAAUUGGACUUUGUCACACUAAUGCCCCACCCUGUAUGUAAAUGUAACGCAACGUAUAUUGACAGCGUCAUUUCACACUUUUGUAUUCAAACAGUUGUUAGUAAUGCAAAAGAAGUUAAAGGCAGCUGAAUCAGUGUGAUUCUGUAUGUUCUUACCAUACAUUUUGAGAUUAAUAAACGUUAAUCGCAGAACUAUGCAGCAUUCUGUACUUUUUGAAUGUAUUUUUACAUUAUGAUUACUUCAAGUAUAUUUUUACUGUCUAUUCAUUAACAAAUUUUAUGCAUUUAUUGAAGAUAUUCUUCUUUAGGAGAGAAUCGAUUGAGGGUAAAGUUUGAUUGAUCCCCGCGCAUGCGCACACCGACAGUAUGGUAUUAGUGGUUAUACGGGCUCUGAUUGGGUGUUGAAAUUUUGAUAUGAUCUGUCAAUAAUUGUUCAAUAGGGAGGUUAUCGGCAAACAAAAAAAUUGUAUAAUAUUAGUUUUUAUUGAUGUGUGGACAGAAAUAAAAUCAAAUUUAUAAUUAUAGUGACUUUUUAAAUAGUUUUGAAAAGCCGCAGGUACGUAAUUCUAAAUGUUUCAGUUGGAAAUACCUAAUAGUUUCAAUACCUAUUUGGAAAAUGUAAACAAAAUAAUGUAGUUACCUAUUAGUAGGCAAUGCUUUAAUUUACAUAAUCUGAUUACGAACAAACUUUCUACAAAUCUUCAUCUCAUAUGUCGUCUAUAUUUUGUUGUAUUUUAUUUCGACAAAAAUCAAACUAAUAAUUUUAUUAAAGUCAUAUAAAUUUAUGGUGUAAACGUUUAGUUUGUGUAUAUUCCCACAUGACGUAUACGAGAGUUUGGUGCAGUUUGAAAUGCCGUCAACUUUCGUACGGCGCGGUAGACGUGAAGUGAGUUCGAGCCCCAAGCAAGUUAUUAUUUUUUUAUUUUUUUUUUAUAGAUUUUAUGAUUGUAAGUAUAUUAUUAUAUAAUUUUUGAAGAUAUUCUUCUUUUUUGAAAGUGGUAGAUAAGAAAGUUAGUUUGAUUUUUAAAUAAAAUAAGUACAAAUAACCUUUUAAGUAUAUUUACUUCGUUUAAAUUACCUAUUAUAUAAUAGAAGAAUAUCUUCUUACGUGCGUACAAAGUACACACACAUUCUUUUUAUUAUAAAACCUUAAGUCAACUUAUAUCUUAUAUUAAUACAUACUUGAAAAAGAAGAAUUUGUUUUACAACGUUUUCAAUAAACGCAUUCUUUUUUACUUUCACUUCCGGUCAAAAUAACGUCGCACUUGUCCCUAAGCUAUGAAUAAGAAUACAUCCAGUCUGGCUCUUAUACCUGCGUAUUACGAAUCUACGAUAGUAUGAGAAAACAACUACUGUAAACAUGAAAAUCCGUGGUCUUAGAAUAGGCCUUUUUCCUUAUGCUCACGUUUUCAGCAUUUGGAACCACAAUGACCCGGUAUAAAAACAGAGUUACCAAUCGUAUUAAUAUUAGUAAAUUACGUAAACGUUGUUUAUUUUAAAUAGGUAAUGACGUCACAAUAGGCUCGAUUGUUGAUUAUUUUGUAUGCUGACAAUGGGUGUGAGUAAAACUCAAGCUUAAGUCAAUCAGGAAGGAAGAAGAAUGGUCUCAUCGUUCACAUGUGACAUAAAUUAAUGUGUUUUUGGUAUGAAGUACCCAAUUAGUUAAAAAUAUAAAAGAAUAAGAUUAAAUAAUGCCGCCUUUUGUUUUAUUUAUUGUUACUCAUAUAAUGAAAUGAGUCCACUAAAAAUAUCAAAAUAUCAAUUUGAUGAAAAUUAUUCUUGAUAAAAAUAAUAAACUUAAAGAUAAAACCCAUAACUAAAUUAAAAUUCAUGGUGACGUUUCAAUUAUUACUUUAAUCAUCGUCAGAAUAAUAAGUUUCUUGAGCGGAUGCUUUAAAAUAAUUUUAAAGGAACAAACAAUAAUUAAUGAAAACGUAAAAAUGACAUUGACAAUCAUUGGGUUAAGUCAAUAAUUUCAAACACGCCAUGUCUUGUUGCGUGUUUAAGGGUGGCUUCAAAAGAAAUAUGGAUAAUGCCUCCUUGAUGCUGAGUUCCGUUGGAGAACUUGCAUGACCAAUGAUUGAGAAGUCCUUACGACUAAUAAGGUGGUCAGAAUCAGUCAUAUGUUGGAAUACCGCUGAAUUUGGAAUUGUUCUUGAUCGUCUUCCUAAGUGAGGAGUGACACCUAAGUAUUCGCAACAUCUGACAUUAAAGUGACGUCGAGUCUUCCCGACGUACGUAGCUGCACAGCUACUACAUUUGAAUUGGUAUAUAAUGUUAGAUGCGAGAUCACUAGGAAUCAUGUCUUUCACAUGGAAACGAGAUCACAUGGAGGCAAAGUCGUGAAAGCAAAUCUUAAUUCUAUAGAGGGAAAUGCUUUUUUAAUCUACGGAUGUUGCGUCGGAUUUGUAAGCUGUGGUAACCAGUAUAUGGAAGUUUGAUAUAGAUCUUUUCUUUGAAAAUUAUUCUGAUGAAAAUUCCAUUGUCAAUACAGGUUGCGCCAGACCUCUGGUUUUCUUUGAUUACUGCUAAGCUAUGGGGUAAACAAAAACAUGUUUUUAACAAAACUAAUGUGUAUCGAAGACGUCUAUAAUUUAAAAUUAUGUUUGGUUAUACAUUUUUGAAUAAAUUUUUUAAAAAUGUGAAGAAUUUGUAGGUUUUAUGAGAUCUAAAGUGAUAGCAGCUUUUGUGACACAAGGAAAUAUAAUUUUAUUUUAACAAAUAUUUUGACAUAUAUUUAACGUUUCUUUGUUUCAAAGCAUACAUAUUUUUGCAAAAAAAAUUAAUAAAAAAUCUGGUACAACAUAAAAUUUAUAGGUAUUUUUUUAAAUAUCUACACAACGAAACAUGCUACUACAACCAGAUAUCAAAAGAAAGGUUGUAAUUUUGCCUUAAAAUACAAUAUUAAAAUACAUUUUAUAAUUUAUAAAAAUGAGCAAAUUUUCUAUUUGCAAAAAGUGAUCGCACUGUACAUUGUAUGGCUAGAUACCAGAUAUUAAAUUAUUUACAAUAACCCUAUACUACAAAAAAUUUGACAUAUCAUUUACAUUUUUGUUACCUUGGAAAUUUAAUCCACAGCUCAUCAAAUAUUACCAUUUUCCUCAACAAAAGUGUAAAUAUUUUGAAAAUUAUUAACUAUACACCUAAAAAACCUUAUACAAACUCUUCAUAUUUUUAAAAAAUAUAUUAAAAAAUGAUUAUUUAAUAUAUAGGGUGUUUCAUUAAAAAAACACAACUUUGGUUCAUUCUGUUGUUUUGACUGACCCUGUAUAAUCGAAUAUAACUUUAAACUAUAGACGUCUUUUAUACACAAUAGUUUUGUUAUAAACAUUUUUUUGUAUACUUCAUAGUUUAGCCGGAAUAAAAGAAUACCAGAGGUUUGGCGCACCCUGUAUAUUUCGUCGGCACCUAUUUACAGUAAAUAAAGUACAGGGAACGUUUAUAAUGUAAUAAUCCUAUAGGACAUACCUAUUCAUGCACCCAUGAGUGUUGAUUGUGGCUAAAAUCAAAAUAAUUUAGCGCGUUAGGAAAUGUCCCUAAUAUAUUUAUUUUCCUGUUUUUGAAGCUGAAUUUUUUACUUUUUGGAAGUCCUCGUAUAUCAUAAUUUGUCUUAAUAAUACUUAAUUAGUUUUAAUUUCGGUACCUGUACACAAAAUGCACAUAUAUUUCCGAAAAAAGUUUUAUUUAUUUUUAAUAAACGUAAAAAACG